ACGUAUCUUAAAGUUCGAAUCGGGCCGUGAAUGUGUUAAAAUUGCUUGCAAAGCAGCCGGGUUUUUUAAUAUCCUUAAUUCGACUUGUUUUUGUUCUACAACUCGUGUGUUAUAAUUUGCAUCCAAAGCCACAAACCCCGUCGGGAUCCUUUCGCAAUCUGAGCCAUAUCCGCGCGAUACCCACUCACAAAACACAAGUGUUACGUAUUCGCAAUGUUUUGCGUCGCAGAUUUCAAUUGCGACGUUGCGUCAUUAUGAUUACGUCACUCCGUCAUUCAAGCGGCCAAUCAACACGCAAGCCGACUAAAAAUGUCCUUUUGAAUAAACUUCGUUUGAUGUUGUUUUAUUUUUCUUUUGGAAUGAUUUAUGAUGGAAAGGGAUAGUGGACGACCGAUCCAUACAAAAGUAAUCCCCAUUUCUUCCCUGGAUUUUGACAUAAUGUAAAACAUUUUUAAAGAAUUUGAAGUAUGUUAACAAUAGACAUGCCCCUUCUAUUUCUUGAUUACAAGCUUUUAUUUAACUUGCCUUGUUAGUAUUUAUGUUUGCGCGGGGUAAAUCUUGAAAGCUAAAUUUGACCCACUCCCGAUUUCCGAUUGAGCUGAAAUUUUGCGUACAUGUAUUAAUCGGAUGACAAUGCCAUAUUAUGAUGACAUGGAGCUGAACUGAUGAUGGAGACAGGAGGUGGCAGUGGGAUCUAUGUGUUUGUUAGAAUUCCCUCGAUGAGUAUUUGUUGCCUGUGGAAUGAAAAGUACAGGCUAAAAGCUUAUACAAAAAAAAAAAUGCCAAAAACUUCUUCGAUUAUCGUAAGAGUUAGGUUUAAACAAAUUCGGGGCAUAGCAGUGGUUAAUACACAUCAAAGGGCGUAAAAAUAUUUUCUAUAAUAUUAAUAUCCAGAAAAUUGGGGACUACGUUUGUAUGGAGUAGUGGUCUCAUGUUUUCGCCUUCAUUUCUCUUAAGGAUACCGUACCUUAUAAUACUUUGGCUGUACAUACUCAAGUUGGUCAGGCUGUUUGCCGGGUAUGUUGUCACGUCUCCACGUGCCUGCUGUGCCCGCAGCGCGCAGGCGCCGCCGCGAGGCUGUACUGUGUUGUCACGUCACCUCAGUCCUCUGCCAACCGGCGACCAGUCGCGCGCGUCGCCCCGCGACGAACGUAAACAAAUAACGACUAUGACAUACACUUUAUGACGAAAAUAACAUAAUCGGUGUGUUUUGUUCCAAUUUUGAUGUCUAUAAUUUAAAGUGAACAUUUAAAAGUGUCUUUUUAGUGCCAUAAAGUGAUAGCGCUUGCAGUACAAAGUUUUUCUUAUAGCCUUCUCGCCUGUAAUUAGUGAUAUAUAGUUAAUUAUUGCGAAAUUCUAAAUACAGCUUAAUGUGUAUAGUUGCGCUAGUAUAACUAGGUGUAAGUGAAGAAUACGUAUCCAGUAUUUACUUAAGGUUAAGUGACUGUGUCUAAAUGUCGCUCAUUUGUAGAGAGCUCAGCGGCCCCCUGAUGUCGGAACCACUCGUCAGUCUGUACAAAUCCCCUGUAUCAGGGUGCGCCUUCCUGACUUACUUCAACCCGGAAAGCGCGUCGAGCGCGCAGUCAGCGCUACAUGAAAAACGGACGCUACCAGGGGUAAGUUCCCAAUGCAGCGUAAACAAAAACAAAACCGGCCGAACAACGAGUGCAAAUCCCUCACAUAAUGAGCCGUGGAACACAAGCCCCGCACAAAGAGAUGAGCCGACCUCUUCAUUAGACCUCCUUGAGCAAAAUACAGUCUUUGUAAAAUAUUAACGCAUAUAAAGUUACACGCUGUUGGUGAGAACUAGGCGGGGUUUUAUGUUGUUUUGAAUUUAAAGCGCCUUUAGUCUGAAUUAUGUUUUGGGAGAGUUGUUUUUAAAGAAAUUAAGCACUUAUAUUAGUUUGACACUAACGAUGUAUAGUGGUUAAUGUGAGUGCUACAUAAUGAAAGGCGAGUGUGGGUUUUAUAACACAGUAGGUACCUGGGCGACCGAGCUUUGCUCGGUUAUAACUAUUUAUUGUAAUAUGGUGGUGUAUAGGUGAUAAUCUACAUAAACUUAAAAAGUAAAAUGUGAACUGACAAUUAUUAUUAUUUACAAUCGAUUUCAAUCUUACAGCACUUGUCGCAGAGUAACGCCAUCUAUUGUCAAUUUCUCUUAUUACAUAGGUAAUUUUUUUACUAAAUUAAACUUGUCUAAAACAAUAAAAAUUAAAAAAUUAUAUACAAACUUGAACAUAUAAAAAAAAAACAGAAGUUAGUCACCGGGCGAGAUUCGAACCCGUUACACUCGUUUAGCAAUCCGCGUCUUAACCCGCUGGACCAGACAGACAGUGGCCGGCAACACGAAAUUAGCGACUAUAUUCUGCGUCGAAAGAAACACGCAUGAAAACUCGAAAACACGCGUUUUCCCAAACAUAAGACUAAUCUAGAUAGAUUGUAUACCCCCAAAAACCCCCAUAUACCAAAUUUCAGCGAAAUCGUUAGAGCCGUUUUCGAGAUCACAGAAAUAUAUAUACAAGAAUUGCUCGUAUAAAGGUAUAA